AUGCAGCCAUCUUUGAUGACGCUAGUCCUUCUAGCACCAACACAAGCUAUAGCAUCUGAGCUUAUACGUGUUGCAACAUCCGAGCCUACCCAGGUAACCAAGGUGACUGUACAAACCAGCACCAUCGACGCACCCUCCGAGUUCACCCAAGCUAGUAUCGUAGCCCAGCUGCAGAAAGAUUCUAUCCUUCCUGCUUCCUCAAACUCAGCUUGGGUAGAGCCUUCAUGGCUCUUGUACAGUGACGCCACGCCCACUGAGACAUCAGUAACAGCACCCAUUGAGACAUCAGUGACAGCACCCACUGAGACUGCAGCCGCAGCACCUACUUCCAAGCGUGAUAAGUGGCACUCAAACCCCAAAGAAUUCAAGCUCGAUGUAAUCAUCUUCUUCGGCGUCACCGGCGGCCUCAUCGGCCUCAUGGCUUCGCUGUGCCUCCUCGGCUCCUGCGCCGAAGCAUAUCAGCGUCGAUCUCGCGCCAAGAAGGCUUCUGCCUCCUCUUCCAACAAUGACCAGCCUAGAGACAUUGAGCGUACCGCCGGUCUCCCAGGUACCGUAGGCAUUCUCAAAUCAGGUGCUAACAAUAGUUCACGUACGCCUGCUGCGGGUGAGGCGGGUGAAGCUGCGCAGCAGGGUGGUGUUGUUAUUAUGAUGCCCGAGUUUCCGGCUCCUGUAUAUCGAAACAAUAUUUUACCUCAGGAUAUACAUUCUCCAGAGGGCGAGACGGCACCUCUGGCGCCGCAAGGCUCGGCUUCGGUGCGUCCCACGGGCUCUUGA